AGGUAAACCAAAUGCAGACCAAAGCCUUUCUCUCAUCCCUUCCUCUAUUAUCCAUCAUCUAAAACAUCUUAGCAAUUCAAUGGAGAUUGUACCGCACAGAAUGCAACUCAGGGAACGCCAUAUGUUCUCAACCUCAGAUGACAAUGCAAUGAUGAAGCAAGUCCAGGCCACUCAUGCUCCUGAUGGCCGUGAAUUUGCUGUCAAACCUCUUCUUUACAUCAUUGAGGACAUCUUCCGACGUGCCACCCCCAGUGUCCCUGGCUUUGAUAUGGGAACACAAGCACAACUGGAUGUGUUGGAUGAUAAGGCUUUCCAAGCUGACUUUUUCGACAUGCUCGAUCUGUUGUCAAUGACCAUCAAUAAAAUUUCCUGCGAGAUAUCCUGCAAAUGUUCUGUUGGUGGAGAUGCACACGCAACAACGUUGGGAAUAUUCAACAUUCUUACAAGCUAUGCGUGGGAUGCUAAAGUGGUGCUAGCCUUGGCUGCAUUUGCUUUGAACUACGGGGAAUUCUGGGUGGUGGCACAACUUUACCCGACCAACUCACUUGCCAAAUCGGUUGCACUCCUCAAGCAACUGCCAGAGAUACUAGAACGCGUUGACUCCUUGAAACCAAAGUUUGAGGCACUUAGCAACCUCAUCAAGGCCAUGCUAGAUGUUACCAAAUGCAUUGUUGAAUUCAAAGAGCUUCCAUCUCAGUACAUUAGCCCUGACACACCAGCAAUGUUAACUGCCACAGCCCACAUUCCUACUGCCGUUUACUGGACCAUCCGCAGCAUUGUCGCUUGUGCUUCACAAAUUAUGGGCCUCGUUGGCAUGGGUUUCGAGUUCAUAACAUCAACAACUGAGGCAUGGGAACUAUCAAGCUUAGCCCACAAAGUCGGCAGCAUACACACCCAUCUUAAGAAGCAGCUCAAUCUCUGUUAUCAACUCAUUGACGAGAAAAGGCAUAUUGAAGCAUAUCAAACACUUGUGCGACUGAUGGAAUCACCGCACAUGGACAACAUGAAGGUUCUGAGGGCACUGAUUUAUACCAAGGACGAUCAACUGCCGCUCCUCGAGGGUGCAACCAAGAGAAGGGCUAACAUCGAAGUGUUGAGGAGGAAAAAUGUUCUUCUACUGAUUUCAGACCUGGAUGUGUCCACUGAGGAGAUAUUCAUGUUAGAGCAAAUGUAUCAAGAGUCACGUCAGCAUCCAUCAAGGACAGAAAGUCAGUACGAGGUUGUGUGGAUCCCAGUUGUGGAUAGGUCAACUCCAUUCACCCAGCAAAAGCAAGAAAAAUUUGAGACUCUCCAGAAUCAAAUGCCAUGGUACUCUGUGUAUAACCACACAAUGAUUGACCCGGCUGUGAUCAAAUACAUCAAGGAAGUGUGGCAGUUCAACAAGAAGCCUAUUCUUGUUGUGUUGGAUCCACAAGGCAAAGUGGUCAACAACAAUGCCCUCCACAUGCUAUGGAUUUGGGGAAGCCUUGCAUUCCCUUUUACUAGCGCUAGGGAGGAAGCUCUUUGGAAGGAAGAAUCUUGGAGACUUGAGUUGUUAGCAGACUCUGUGGAUGCAGCCAUCGCUGUUUGGAUAGCAGAGGAAAAGUGCAUAUGCUUGUAUGGUGGAGAAGACAUCGAAUGGAUCAGGAAAUUCACAGCAAUGGCACACUCAGUUGCACAAGCUGCAAAUAUUCAACUAGAGAUGCUAUACGUGGGGAAGAGCAACCCCAAAGAGAAAGUUAGAAGAAACAUCAGCACCAUUACUGUGGAGAAGCUUAGCAACACAUUGCAAGACUUGGCACUGGUGUGGUUCUUCUGGGUGCGGUUAGAGAGUAUGUGGCACUCUAAAAUGCAACAUGGGAAGAGUGUGGCAAACGAUCCUAUAAUGCAGGAGAUAGUGACAAUGCUUAGUUUUGACGGGAGUGAACAAGGAUGGGCUGUGUUUAGUGAGGGGAAUGUCAUGGCCAAGGCCAAGGGUGAAACCAUUGUGCAAAGUUUUAUAGAUUACGAAUCAUGGAAGUCAUAUGUGCGGGAAAGGGGUUUUGUGCCUGCACUGAAUGAUCAUCUGAGAGAAGUUCAUACCCCACAUCAUUGCAACCGUCUGGUACUUCCAGGGACAAUGGGGACAAUCCCGGAGAAGGUGGUUUGUGCUGAAUGCAGCCGUCCCAUGGAAAAGUUCAUCAUGUACCGCUGCUGCAACGAUUAAGCAAUACACAAUCUGCAGAGGGAGCAUAUCGUAUUUAAUAUAUUAUUAAGGAUUGGUUCUAGGAUUGAAUAAGUAAUGCUACUACUGGCUGCUGCUUUUGUGUCUUCUUGCUCCUACGUGUGUUUGUUGUAAUGACCCAAUAUAUGAGUUAUUAAUUGCUUUUCAACUACUACUGCUUUCAUUCCUUAAUAAAAUAUAAUGUUUUUCAAUCU